AUGCUUGUGUUUACAAUUUUUCUUGGCGUCAUCAGUUUUCUUUUUGCAAAAACAUGGCUACAAAGGAGAAAGUUACCACCAGGUCCAUUUCCUUUACCACUUAUCGGUAAUCUUCAUCAGAUUGGAUAUUCGAUGCUCAUUAGGAAAAGGAAUUUUGUCGACACAGUCACAGAAUUUACGAAGGAAUACGGCAGUGUUCUCACCCUUUGGUUUGGCCCAAUGCCAACAGUAAACAUUUGCGAUUACGCGACUGCUGUGGAGGCAAUGGUAAAGAAAGGCGCAGCGUUCACUAACAGAAAUGUACCUUAUUUAUUCCGAUUACAUAGAGGUGAUCGUGGGAUAAUUGCCUCAAAUGGUCCGCUAUGGUUGGAACAACGUCGUUUUGCUUUACAUACACUCCGUAAUUUUGGUUUGGGAAGAAAUUUAAUGGAAGAGAGGAUCAUGUACGAAUUUGAGAUUGCUUGCGAAGAAUUGGAAAAGCGGCUGGAUACAAGAGAAACGUCUAUUAAUCCGGCAAAGAUGUUUGAUCUUCUAGUGGCCAACAUUAUAAAUCGGAUGCUUUUUACAGAUCGCUUUGAAAAGAAUGAUGAAGAGAAAUUCUUUGCGCUAAAGAAAAAAAUGGACGAUCUGGCGGACAAGUUCAACUUACUCGACAUACUUAUUGAUGAAUGGAAUGUUAAUUUUCCUCUAAUAAGGCAAAGGACGAAGUUUCUUAUAAAACCAUUCGAUGAUGUACUCGAUUUUAUUCGUACUCAAGUAGAGCAGAGAAAACGAGAUAUUGCCAAUGGAGAUCACGUCAUCCAAGGGGAGGGAGCAGAUUUUGUGGACUCAUUUCUUAUUCAAAUUAAGCAGCACGAAAAUAGCGACACUCCCACAAGUUUUGAUGAACAAUGGCUUCUUAUGACUUUGUUGGAUUUAUGGGCUGCAGGUCAGGAAACCACAAUGGUCACAUUAAAUUGGGCGUUUUCCUACCUACUUUUACAUCCACAGUUCAAAUCCCGUGUUGAAGAAGAGCUUCUGUCGGUAACAGAAGGCCAGCGACCCCUUUCUACUGCAGAUCGUCCAAAAACACCUUUUUAUAAUGCAGUUUUGAAUGAAAUUCACCGUUGUGCAUCGAUAUUCCCGAUGAACACUAUGUGGAGAGAUACAGCCGAAGAUACCGUUGUAGGACCGUACUGCAUCGCCCAAGGAACUCCUGUAGGUGCUCAAAUCUCGCUAAUCAUGAACGAUGAGAAAUAUUUCAAGGAUAAGCAUGAAUUCAAUCCAGAUCGUUAUUUCACUGAUGAACGACUCGAACAAAUGGUAAUACCCUUCUCACUUGGGAAGAGAGCUUGUCCUGGAGAGUCGUUAGCACAAGCUGAACUGUAUCUGGCAAAUUAUUGGCAACUUUCUUCUUCGUUACGUGUUGACACCGGACCCGGAACAUUUACCUCAGAUGCAAGCAAGGAAAGAGCACGGCCCAGUACGCAUUGCACAGCCGUACCAUAUGGUAUUCGAGAGAAGAUGAACUUGUACUACACUUUUGUGGACGAUAAACAUCAUUUUAAAGCUAAAAAAGCUGGUAAUUUCUAUGGAAAACCUUCUUGA